AUGCGAGCGGGAAUCGCUGCUGCUUCCCGGUUUUCCUCUCGUUUCUCGAUGCCUGAGGAAGAGACUCGGCCUGCGCAGGAGGCGAGAUGCUUGCCCUUUAAUUCGGUACUCAGGUCUCCCGAGCUCUGCCAGCUUCAACUGGCAAACCAGAGGAGCGGGGGUUUGCUGCCUUGCCUUGGCGAGUUUGCCAUUGCGCGAUGGGCAUCUGCACCCAAAUGCUCUUUUUCCGCCGAGAGUUCUGUUUCAUCGGCGACGAACGUGUCCGCGACGAGCCCUCCCCAAUUUGUUCCAAAGCCCAGGCAUGUGUCUCUUGCACCAGACCAUAAAUACAUGAAAGCGGACCUUAUUUGCGGGGGACUGUUUGCGGUUAUCACGUUGAACAGACCCGAAGCGAAGAAUGCGCUGAAUCAACAGGCCCUUGAGGAAUUUGAGAGGUGUCUAAACCUCGUAGAUGCCCACGCAGAAAACGAACCCGACUUCCGUGCAUUGCUAAUCCGUUCAGGCGUCGCGGGAGUAUUCUGCGCGGGCGCCGACUUGAAGGAACGGGGGCAUAUGAGCAUCGAGGCAAGCAGGGAGUUCGUCCAACGCCUUCGUUCUUGUUUCCAGCGACUUUCUGAAGUUCCGUAUCCAACGAUAACGUGCCUGCACGGCGUCGUUUUCGGAGGGGGUCUUGAGCUGGCUCUCGCGACGGAUUUCCGCGUGGCGUCAGUGCGUCCUCCUCCGUCGACGAUCCCCCAGAGGGACUUUUUUGCGUGGGACUCUGCCGACGUGGCUGCAUCGUCGUCCCACAAGAAGGCGCUCAGGUCGUCUCGAUCCUUGCAGGGCGUCUCCGCUAUAUCCUCAGCGGAUAAUCGUCGCCAACAUGCGCACAAGGGCGCCCCGCGCAAAGCACUUGAGCAGCCGAAAAGACCUUCGCUUUCCGGCAGUUCCAGCACCUUGACAGCGCAUCUUCCCUCAAAGGGUUCCGGGGCGACGAACGACGACUCCCAAGAAAUCCGUGCGGCGGAAAACGCGGGGACCGCCGGCUGCAGCCGUCCGGGAAAAACAGAGGCAGACGACGAAGCGUCGAACGGGGAACCGAGGCACAGCCUACCCAUGAAGCAGAGCGCCGCUCGAAACAAAAUCGCCACUAAGCGGCAGGUCUGUUCGUGGUAUUCAUCUCUGGAACUGUGCCUUCCGGAGGUUUCGCUGGGCAUUGUGCCCGGUGCGGGUGGCACCCAGCGACUCUGGCGUGUGGUGGGGCCGCAGAAAGCAAAGCUUUUGCUUUUGACUGGCGGCAGCGUCGGCCCGAAGCAGGCUGUGCAGUGGGGGUUGGUGGAUGUGAUGGCGGGUUACAACGAAGACGAAGUCUGCCGCGUGUGGCGCUUUACUCAGGGACAAAGACGCUACAAAGCAGGAGAUGACUACUACUCUCGCGGGGAGAAUAUGGACCGUGAGAAGCGGAUUGCGCAGCAAAUUGUGCUUGAGGCGCGAAGACACCGCCUAACGCAGCGAGAAGGGGGAAAAACCGUGGGCGAAAGUUGCAGUUUCGCAGACGCGGAGCGCGACCAUACAGCGACAAAUGAUCUCUCUUUAGCUGGUGGCGACGUGCGGGAACAGGAGGAACUCAAGGCAAACCGGAGAACUCGCCAUGCAUUCGAAACCGAAAUACCAGAAGCCGAGUGGGAAAGCGAAGACGCGUUCCGCGCCGGCAUCCGGCUAGCUUGCCGCCUCGCGGAUAUGGCACCCCUCUCUGUCAGAGUCACGAAACGCAGCGCCGAUUCUGCGGUGGAAGUGCCGCUGAAAACAGGACUCGAUAUCGAGAAAAAAGCAUACGACACAGUUCUGGCAAGCAAGGACCGGCAAGAGGGGCUCCAAGCCUUCAAAGAGAAACGCAAGCCCUACUUCAAAGGACAGUAG